CUUCCGCCAUACGCAGGGACGCACCUUCCGGUUCAGGUCCUCCGCCGCUAAGUCCGCUGGGCCGGUGGACAGCGCUUCCCGGAAGUUGCCCGACUGCCGGCUUCCGGUGCAGUAGGGAAAAAUGGCUGUGGUCCCUGUGAUCCCGACUCUGGCGCGGAUGCUGUCAAGGCACAGCCUGCUGUCUCCUUUGUUCAAUGGGACACCAUUCAGACGCUUCUAUAGAGGUGAUAGCCCAUCAGAUUCCCAAAAGGACAUGAUUGAAAUCCCUUUGCCUCCAUGGCAGGAGAGAGCUGAUGAAUCCAUAGAAACCAAAAGAGCCCGGCUGCUGUAUGAGAGCCGGAAGAGGGGGAUGUUGGAAAACUGCAUUCUCCUGAGCCUGUUUGCUAAAGAACAUCUGCAUAACAUGACUGAGAAGCAGCUGAACCUCUAUGAUCGCCUGAUUAACGAGCCCAGUAACGACUGGGAUAUUUACUACUGGGCCACAGAAGCAAAACCAGCCCCGGAAAUAUUUGAAAAUGAAAUCAUGGCCAUGCUGAGAGAAUUUGCAAAAAACAAAAACAAAGAGCAGAGACUGCGCGCCCCAGACCUCGAGUAUCUCUUUGAGAAGUCGCACUGAGCUAGCUGUGUGCCACUACCCUCCCUGGCUCAGUCUGUGGACGGUAACUGCCUAUGACACUGGCUUUGGCCUGCUGCUUCUCCCCCUUCCAGCGAUGGUCACCCCUGUCUCCUGGGACUGGCAUGUCAAUGUUCAGUGCCACUCUUAACAUGCUUUUGUUUGGU